AUGCUCCCUCAGUCUCGGGUCGCUCCUUCAGUCUCAGGACGCUCCCUCAGUCUCUGGUCGCACCCUCAGACUCAGGACGCUCCCUCACUCUCAGGACGCUCCCUCAGUCUCAGGACGCUCCCUCAGUCUCUGGUCGCUCCCUCAGUCUCUGGUCGCACCCUCAGACUCAGGACGCUCCCUCAGACUCAGGACGCUCCCUCAGUCUCAGGACGCUCCCUCAUCUUGGGUCUUUCCCUCAGUCUCAGGACGCUCCCUCAGUCUCUGGUCGCACCCUCAGACUCAGGACGCUUCCUCAGUCUCAGGACGCUAGGACGCUCCCUCAGUCUCAGGACGCUCCCUCAGCCUCAGGACGCUCCCUCAGCCUCAGGACGCUCCCUCAGUCUCAGGACGCUCCCUCAGUCUCAGGACGCUCCCUCAGUCUCUGGUCGCUCCCUCAGUCUCUGGUCGCACCCUCAGUCUCUGGUCGCUUCCUCAGACUCAGGACGCUUCCUCAGACUCAGGACGCUUCCUCAGACUCAGGACGCUUCCUCAGACUCAGGACGCUUCCUCAGACUCAGGACGCUUCCUCAGUCUCAGGACGCUUCCUCAGUCUCAGGACGCUUCCUCAGACUCAGGACGCUUCCUCAGACUCAGGACGCUUCCUCAGACUCAGGACGCUUCCUCAGUCUCAGGACACUUCCUCAGACUCAGGACGCUUCCUCAGACUCAGGACGCUUCCUCAGACUCAGGACGCUUCCUCAGACUCAGGACGCUCCCUCAGUCUCUGGUCGCACCCUCAGUCUCAGGACGCUCCCUCAGUCUCAGGACGCUCCCUCAGUCUCAGGACGCUCCCUCAGUGUCUGUGUCCCGCCCACCAGCGUCCUGCCCAGCGCACCCCAGGCACAGCUGCUGCCCCGGGACAAAAGGCCAGCUCCCCCCAGAGGGUCCUCCACUCUGGGGCUGGCUGACUCUGGAGUGCACAUGUGA